AUGCACUAUUACCGAUAUUCUAAUGCAGAAGUCAGCUGUUGGUACAAAUACCUGCUCUUCAGCUACAACAUUGUCUUCUGGCUGGCUGGGGUGGCCUUCCUUGCAGCUGGUCUGUGGGCAUGGAGUGAAAAGGGUGUAUUGUCUGAUCUGACGAAGGUGACUGGUCUUCAUGGUCUGGACCCAGUGGUGCUUGUCUUAAUGGUGGGAAUAGUAAUGUUUACUUUGGGAUUUGCUGGCUGUGUAGGAGCACUGAGAGAAAACAUCUGCCUUCUGAAGUUUGUAAGUAACAUCAUUAUAUGAGUGUGUUGUUAUGCAUGUGACCUUUCUGCGGAGCAAACAUUCCUGGCCUUCCUAUUCCAGGAUUGGGUGAGGGACAGGGUGAAGGAAUUCUUUGAGAAUAACAUUAAAUCCUACCGAGAUGAUAUUGAUCUCCAGAACCUCAUUGAUUCGCUACAGAAAAUUAACCAUUGCUGUGGUGCCCAAGGUCCAGAUGACUGGGACUUUAACAUAUACUUUAACUGCAGCAGUGAAAGCAAAAGUCGUGAGAAGUGCGGCGUUCCUUUUUCCUGUUGUAUACCUGAUCCUGCACAAAAAGUUGUGAAUACACAGUGCGGCUAUGAUGUCAGAAAGAAGAGCAAGAGUGAAUGGGAAAAUCAGAUUUUUGUCAAAGGAUGUAUCCUUGCUCUUGAAGCUUGGUUACCCCGAAAUAUCUACAUUGUUGCAGGUGUCUUCAUAGCCAUCUCACUGCUCCAGAUUUUUGGGAUUUUCCUAGCCAGGACAUUGAUUUCUGAUAUUGAAGCUGUAAAGGCAGGUAAUGCCUUCUGAAUAUAAAAGCAGACAUGUGAUGUGAAAAAGUAUAUUUUACAGUUAUUGGUCUGACACCAAGGUGGAAGAACUGCACAGACCAUGAAAUACUCCUGUUUUAAAAAGCCUUGUGUGGAUUUUAGCCUGCUCAUGCUUUUUGUUAGAAGCCGGUACAAAAAAAAUCUCCGAACACACAUCUGUCUACAUUUUUUUUUUUUUCCUCACAAGACAACUCAGUGCACCAGCAUUGGUCUCUGAGGAAGAAAUGGAAUUUCCCAAGACGCUG